AUGCCUCGAGGUCAGAAGAGUAAGCUCCGUGCCCGUGAGAAACGCCGUCAGGCCCAGACCGGAGAACAGCCAGUAGGUCUGGUAGGGGCUCAGGCCACCACUGCAAGAGCAGGAGGAGAGUUUGGCUCCUCUUCCUCCUCUCGUUCCAAGAAUAAUCCCCGGAGCUCAGCUGCUACUGGAACAACCAGCAAUCCUCAAGAGUCUCAGGGAGCUGCACCUACCACCACUACUGCUGCUGCUGUUUCAUAUAGAAGAUCUAAUGAAAGUGGGAACAACCAAGUGCAGGAAAUGUCAAGAUCUUCCCAAGCCCAACUUGCCACUGGGUACCUGUCCAGAGGCCGUCUAGAUGAGAAGGUGGUUAUAUUGGUGCAUUACCUACUGUACAAGUAUCAAAUGAAGGAGCCCAUUACAAAGGCAGAAAUGCUGAGAAACAUAAUCCAAAUGCACAAGAGCCACUUCCUUGAGAUCCUGAGGAAAGCUUCUGAGCACCUGGAACUGGUUUUUGGCCUCGACAUCAAGGAAAUGGAUCCCAACAAGCACAUCUAUAUCCUCAUCAAUAAACUGGAACUAAGCUACGAUGCAAGGCUGGGUGAUGAUGGAGGCGUGCCCAAGACAGGUCUGCUGAUGACUAUCCUGGGUGUGAUCUUCACAAAGGGAAACCGCGCCACUGAGGAGCAAGUCUGGCAAAUAUUGAAUGCAAUGGGAUUAUACAGUGGGAGAGAGCACUUUAUUUUUGGUGAGCCCAGAAAGCUUAUCACCAAAGAUUUAGUGAAAGAAAAAUACCUGGAGUAUCAGCAGGUGCCCAACAGUGAUCCUCCAUGCUAUGAAUUCCUGUGGGGCCCAAGAGCCUAUGCAGAAACCAGUAAGAUGAAAGUCCUAGAGUUUUUAGCCAAAGUCCAUGAUACCAUCCCAAGUGCCUACCCAUCCUGGUACGAAGAGGCAUUGAGAGAUGAGGAAGAGAGAGCCCAAGCCAGAGCUGCAGCCAGGGCCCGCAUUAGUGCCAUAGUUAGUGCACGUUCCAAGGCCCAGUCCACUUAUUCCUCCCGCCGCAAGUAA